AUGCGCUGGAAAAGUGAAGUAAAAGUGGAGUGUUGCGUUGUUAACGAGACUGAAAACGGAUCUCUGCUGUCCGGUGAUGAGCUGCUCGACAUGUGUGAAGAUUGCAAAGGAGAGGAAGAGCUGCUAGGCAAAUGCGCUGAGGACAGCAGGGACAUUAUGGGCGCGCCGGUGGAAGUUUUGGAUGAGGACGCAUCGUCGCUGCAGGCGAUGGCAUCUGCGCCUCUCUUGGGCAGAGCUGUGUGUGCGAGCUGCAACGAGGAAAUUGUGGAUAAAUAUUUAUUGAAGGUUAACGACUUGUGCUGGCAUGUGCGCUGUCUGUCGUGCAGCGUGUGCCAGACUUCACUUGGCAGCCACACGAGCUGUUACAUCAAAGAGAAAGAGGUUUUCUGUAAACUGGAUUACUUUAGAAGAUACGGCACCUGGUGCGCGUGCUGCGGCCGGAACAUCCACUCCACAGACUGGGUCCGCCGGGCCAAAGGCAACGUGUACCACCUGGCCUGCUUCGCCUGCUUCUCCUGCAAGAGGCAGCUGUCCACCGGGGAGGAGUUCGCUCUGGUGGAGGAGAAGGUGCUCUGCAGGGUCCACUACGACUGCAUGCUGGAUAACCUCAAGCGGGCCGUGGAGAAAGGGAACAAUGUUAACAUGGAGGGGGCUGUCCCCACUGAACAGGAGAUUAACCAGCCAAAACCCUCCAAGAGAGCGCGGACCAGCUUCACUGCUGACCAGCUGCAGGUGAUGCAGGCCCAGUUUGCGCAGGAUAACAAUCCAGAUGCUCAAACACUGCAGAAGCUGGCGGAGCAGACGGGCCUCAGUCGAAGAGUCAUACAGGUCUGGUUCCAAAACUGCCGAGCACGUCACAAGAAGCAUGUGAGCCCCAACCACACCUCCAGCACCCCCAUGACCGCACUGCAGUCCAGCCGCCUCUCCCAGCCCACUCCGACCCCUGAGGAGCUGCAAUACACAGCCUACGGAGGCCCGGAGGGAUCAAUGCUCUCUGCACUUCACUCCUUCAUAGACAUACACUCCCCUCCAUCCAUGUUUCAACCGCUGCUGCCAGCCCACGCCAUGACCUCCCUGCCUGUGUCUCACGCCUGAGCUGCUCACUCACUCUCUCUCUUAC